AUCGCUAGCUGCUGCUACUACAGGGUAUGCCCAACCUUCAAGGCUUGAACAUCGUUCUCCCAGCCCAGUCCCAGUCCGAUGGGCACGACUUGCUCUCGGGCCAAUCUUACCCAGAUCUUGCAGCCCAGCUUGAUCUCUGGACAAACCUCACGUUCGACUCUGAUGAGUCUUUGGGCUCCAGAGAUCAAGACAAAUACAGAAGAAAAUCUCUUGAAAUUGAAGACGACGUCGAGGGUACAAGGUCCCCUGUGACCAGGGAGAAGGCGACCCAUGAUGGUCAUGUCAACGUCGUCACUGGUACCAACUUGGGCAGUAAUCAGCCUGCCCAACAUACCACCGUCCAUCCGUCGCACCAGUCUUUUGACCUCAAUGCAUUCCUUGCUGGCUUCGGCAUCGACCCCUUCGCCGUACCUCCCCCCCACCAGCAGCCAGCUGCAUCCACGGCACCAUCUCUUGCACAAAUUCUUGCACUGCAUGCAAACCAUGCACCAGGGUUCCACACUGCACUAACCCCACUCGUGUCUCCUUAUCCAAGCACACCCAGAGAUAGGGGUACCUUUGCUCGGCCCGCUGCUCCUGCCUCCGUUUCAGAUGAUGGCUACCCAACUACUAAGCGUUCGCGAUCUCGCAAAGCCUCCAUUUCAUCGCCUACUUCUCCCGAUGAAUAUCGCGAGGAAACUCCCAGUGCCGGAGGUAAUCCUCUAAAUGCCUCUGAGGACAAACGUCGGAGAAAUACUGCCGCCAGUGCUCGGUUCAGAUUGAAGAAAAAGGAGAGGGAGGCUGCUCUUGAAGGCAAGGCGAAAGAGCUAGAGACAAGGGUCAAUGAAUUGGAAAGGGAAUGCGAUGGGUUGCGCAGGGAAAAUGAUUGGUUAAAGGGGCUCGUCGUUGGCGUUACUGGUGCUGCUCAAGGACCAGUGGUCGCCGCUCCCUCUGCGGUGCCUUCUUCCGGGUCGAAACGCCGCAGAGACGUUGAUUCCUAA